AUGACCUUUGUCGUCGAAGCAUCUCCCAUCAGGUUGGACUCUAGAUCCACCGUUGUGACCCCCAUGACCUCCUCUCAGGAACUCUCAUACGCUGUUCCGGCCCUGUUUGCCUCCGCCGCAUAUUGCACGCCUGCUCAGAUUGCUUCCUGGUCUUGUGGAGGAAACUGCAAUGCUUUACCUGGCGUAGAGAUCUACGGGACUGGGGGCAAUGGGGCCGAUACCCAAUAUUGGUAUGUGGGUUAUGACCCAAAUCAUCUUGGAGCUAUCGUCGUCGGCCACCAAGGAACGGACGCAUCCAAGCUCAAAGCUGAUUUAGUCGAUGCGGAUUUCUUCCUCGAGAACCUCAACCCUACGCUCUUUCCCGGUGUCCCUGCCUCAGUUCGUGCACAUAAUGGGUUCCUCGGCACACAUUCCCGCUCAGCUCCAGGAGUACUGGCGGCGGUACAGGCUGCUAUAAGGGCUACCGGCUCGAAAACGAUCCACCUCGUUGGGCAUUCGCUUGGAGGGGCCAUCGCGCUCCUUGAUGCUAUUUACCUCCCCCUUCACCUCCCUCCUGAUACAGUAUUCCACACCAACACCUUUGGAAUGCCACGCGUUGGUAAUCAAGCCUUCGCCGACUACGUUGACGCCCAUGUCACUAGCCUUGCUCGCAUUACAAAUAAAAAGGAUUUGGCCCCUAUCAUUCCGGGCCGCUUCUUGGGAUUCCAUCACGCCUCAGGAGAGAAGCAUAUCGUCACCACGGGGACAGCUUCUGGAGAUUGGUACGCUUGCGAAGGUCAGGACAACACUAGCGACGACUGCGCUACGGGAGCGGUGCCCAAUAUCUUGGAAGGAGAUAUUUCUGAUCAUAAGGGCCCUUACGGAGCCAUCCUUAUAGAAUGCUAG